AUGAAGAUCGAUAGACUCAAGUCGAAGAAAAGCUCCUCCGACGUGCCUUUUGACUGUAAAGUUCUAAUUAGCAAGUUGAAAUCAUGCAACGAGGACGAGCUACUGGUCACACUCAAGAGCAUAAAAACUUGGAGUUGUGGAAAAUGCGAACUGUACCACUGGAUCGAUAUACUCGACAUCUUCGACGCAAUCCUCGAGGAUUGCUGUCGAAAGGGCGACAAUCAAUGGAUUCUACCCGUUGAUCUUCCAGAAAAUUCUCAGAAAAAGGAUCUUCUCUUGUCCGUCAUCUCAUUUACAUCCCUUCUCAUCGAGCACAGCUUUUCCCGCCACCUUUACAACUCAAUCGAACAUCUAAUCACUUUACUCUCGUCUACUGAUAUGCAAAUUGUUUUGGCCAUUUUAAAUCUACUUUUCGUGUUUAGCAAGCGGUCAAACUUUUUCUCUCGAAUCAGCUCAGAUAAACGACAAGCUCUCCUCUCUCGACUGUGUUAUCUUGCAGAGAAUUGGGGCGGCAAAGACUACGGCUUUGGAUUGGCAGAAUGCUGCCAGGACUUGCCAAUGUCCAGCUACCCUUCCUCGGCAACAACAUUAAACUUUGAAUUUUACUCAAAGAAUGAAGGUGAAAACAGAAAGUGUCCAAACAACGUCAUCGGAAUUCACAUCGAAAAUGUUCAUCUCAUCGACAAGUCUUUGUCUGCUCUUAUGGAAGAAAUUGUGGAAAAGUACAAAGUGCCAGCUGAGUGUCACACCCAGUUAUUUACACAUCUUCGUUUGACAAAGAGUUUCGCCAACUAUCAAAAUCGCCUUUACUGCGUUCAAGCCAGACUCAACGCAUUGUCAAUUAUUGUUUAUUGUCAAUCAGUGGCUCUUCAAGAAGCAAACACACAGCUUUUAUACAAUGGGCUAAUUGAAGAACUCGUUGAUGUUCUUGAGCUGAAAAAUCCUGACUUGAUUGAAAUCAAAUCGGCUUCCUUGAAGGCGCUCACAUCCAUCAUUCAUUUAGAUCGAAACUCAAAGUUGAAAGUGAUCAUCGAUACCACCGGAGCUUCUUCUUACCACGGGUUCUUGCCAAUUCUCGUUCGAAAUUGCAUCAACUCUUUGAUCUCUGGCGACACCGAACAGUUUCCUCUAAAUUUCGCGACAUCCCUCUUUUCCUUUCUCUACCACCUUGCCAGCUACGAACCAGGCUGCGAAGCGCUAGUACAAUGUGGAAUAAUGGAAUCUUUGCUCAAAGUCAUCAACUGGAAGGGUCCUGAACUAGAUCACAUAACUUUUGUAACCAGAGCCGUUCGAGUUAUUGAUUUAAUUACCAAUCUCGAGAUGAGCGCCUUUCAAAACAAUGAUGGCUUGAACAUUUUUGUGCAGCGCCUUGAGAAUGAGGUCGAAAUCUGCCGAAGUGAGCAGCCAUUUGAAAUUAAAGUGUCUGCUGAUAAGAUCAACAAGGAGAAGAACGAUUUGGCUUUGUCCGUUGCAGAGGAGGCUGCCAAGGCAAGUGAAGUCGAGACUCCAAUGGAAGUGGAAAGCGAAGCUGAACAAACGCAGGCACCAAACCAACCGGAGAAAGACUUAUUGACAAUUGACAAAACGCGCUUUUCAUCUGAGAUCAUUUGUUACCCGCAAAGAGCAGCCUUGCUCAAGUCGAUGUUGAACUUCUUGAAGAAAGCUGUUCAGUACUCCACACUGUCUGAGGGAAUUCGCCAUCUAAUGUACGGCAAUUUUCCCAGUUCAAUUCGUCACAUAAUAAGCAACGCCGAGUACUAUGGAUCAUCAUUAUUUUUACUUGCCACCGACGUGGUAUCGGUCUACGUUUACCACGAGCCUUCCCUCCUCUCAACACUGCAAGACAACGGUCUCACUGAUGUGGUGCUCUACGCCCUUCUGGUAAAAGAUGUUCCCUCCACCAAGGAGGUGCUUGCCUCACUUCCAAACGUAUUCACUGCCCUUUGCCUCAAUCGUCGUGGUUUGGAGGCCUUUGUCGAGCUGAAACCCUUUGAGAGGCUUUUUAAAAUCUUCCUCUCCCCAAACUACCUGCAAGCUAUGCGCCGAAGACGAAGCGAGUCCAUUGGCGACACUGCCACCAGCCUUGGCAACGCCAUGGACGAACUUAUGCGACACCAGCCAAGUCUGCGUGUGGAGGCAAUAAAGGCCAUCAUUAAGCUGCUCGAUGAAAUAUGCAAACUUGGCUCAGACUCCAAGUACGUGUGCUCAAAGACUAAAUCAACUGAUUCCAACAUUGGACUAGUGCUCACUGAGAACUCUGAACGAGUGAUUCCAACCACUUCCAAUAUUAGCAACGACCUAAGCUCUUCUGAUGAGGAGGAGGACUUUGAUGACGAUACGGCAACUAACACGCCGCCUUCCAAUCCUCUAUCAGCUGGCCGAAGCGAACAAAAACAGCAGAUUCCACUUCAUGAUUACAUCUUCAAUGUGAUGCGCUUCGUUGACGCCAUUCUAACGAACAACUCCACUGAGGAUCACUGUCAGGAGUUUCUUCGCAACGAUGGCUUAGAGCCUCUAUUCCAGAUUUUAAAGCUGCCCAACCUUCCAGCCGAUUUUCCCUCUUCACCCGCUUGCUAUAACGUGGCUGGCGUUUUCAAAUCUCUUCUGAAUUUGACACACGAAAAAACCAUUUUCACCAGCUGUUUGACCAAGCUGAAGGAGAUAAUCGAAAAGCUGGACCCCCUUUUUAAUGGAAAUAAACCUUUUGAAGGAAGUGUGCUUCUUGAAGAUUUAAUUCAGUCUUUAGGCUCAAAGAAAGGUGCUUCACAAAACUUUAUUUCGCCGAUACUUCAAUCAAUGUCCUCAGUGCACGCCUACAUCGUCAUGUUUGUCCAUAUUUGUCGAACUGGACAGGGUGAUAUUCGUGCAAUCUCUAUUGAACAGUGGGGAUCUCAACUGGGCAUAGACAUCAUAAGCCAGCUAAGUAAAAUUUACAUCGCUCUUGUCUGGGAAAGCACGCUUCUGCUUGGUCUCAACGACUCAAACUCGCAAAAGUACGAAUUCGUAAAGACACAGUUAGAGCGAUUGAAUUCAUUGCUAAAGUCUUCGAGUGAAAAUGAUAACGUCGCUUCACCGAUGGAAGUUGACUCUGACAACAACGAUCCAGGUUGCCCGGGCUGUGUCCCUCGAAACGAUUCUGAGAAGAAGGGUAAAUCUACUCCUGUUGUAUUUUCAAAGAAUACUCAGGCCAAGUACAUCAAGCCUCUGCUAACAGUCGCUUCAAAGCUUGGUCGAUCAUUGGCGGAACUGUUUGGCCUCUUGGUUAAGCUUUGUGUUGGCUCGCCUAUUCGCCGCCGAAGCCACCAUACCGCCCCGUCCACUAUUCAACCACCUUCGCAGCAAUCUCGGAAUAUUUCUAAAUAUCUCAAUGUUCUGCUCUUCCACGGUCUUUCAUGGCAGCAACCGUUUGAUACCAACGUUCCAAAAUACAGGCUCACUUUUUACGUCUGUUCAAUUGGAUUCUCCAGCCCGAUGCUGUUUGACGAUCGAAAGUUUCCUUACCACCUAAUGCUUCAGAAUUUCGUAGUUCACGGCGGGCAUGAUGCGUUUUUUCACUGCUUCAAAAUGGCCAUUGGACAGAACUCGGACAUUUGGAAAAGCAGCGAGCUGCCUGAUGGCAUCGUUGAGUUCCUCGACGCAUGGCUGCUGUUGCUUGAGAAAAUGACUAACCCACAGUCCCUUCUCGACUCGCCUCAUUCACUUCCUGCUAAAGCGGAUGCUAAAAACGCCUCCUUUGUGCCUUUUGAUCCGAUUCAGUUUUUGAUUCGAACACACAAAAAAACUUUUACCUGCAUACUCGAGCUUUGGAAUGAUAAACUUUUCCAAAUGAACAGUGAAAAUAUCAUCAACUCUUUGCUCACAAUCUUGUCCCACUUGUUGAAGGGUGAAUCUAUUAUUGAGAAGUACCUCAAGGACAAAAGUGUGACCACUGCCAGCGCAGAAUGCACAAGUACGGAUGCACAAAAGAAGUCAGCCACCGCUCCAGUCCCUGUCACUGCUCCUCCAGAUAGUGCACCUCCAGCAGCAAGCCUUGUUGAGCCGGUUGCCGUUCCGCCACUUGCCGCUCGGCCAGCUAAUCCCGAACCGACAGGAGAGGAGCCAAACGCACAAUCGCGAAUCCUCGACAUUCUCGUGGACAUGGGCUUUUCUCGUGAAUUGGCCGGUGUUGCUCUUGCACAUACGGCUAACGAUGUAGGACAGGCCGCCGAGCUGCUUAUAUCACACCCGCACUUGGAUGCAUCUUCAUCUUCAGCACCAAAUGCUGAGGUAGACAUGACUGAAGAGGACCAAGUCGUUCAGGCGAUUGCAAUGUCGUUGGACGAAACCGAUAAACCGAGUGAAAAAGGCGUUCUCCUGCCUAAACCUGUUACCCCACCGCUUACAAAUGAAGUUCCACUUGGUAAAUCUGAGCUCGAUAGCUUCACCGGCAUCAUACUUUCCGGCACACUAAAACUACUGGACCAACUUCCUGACACUGUCUACAAGUGCUGUGAGCUGUUGAUAGCUGUUGCAAAGCGAAACGGAACUGUGUGGUUUCAAAACAUGAUCAUUGAGCUGAUCAAUGAAAUCACCGUCAACAUCAGCAGUCUGGUUCGAUCGUCAUUCAUCGAAGGCACGGAUCUGGAAAAGUCUGGAGAUGAUUGGGCAAAUCACCUGUCGACCUUGCCGGAAGCUCGCAAGUUGUCUUCUCGAAUCCACUUGCUGGCCCUUCUCUUUAAUGAGAUGAAGAGUAGCUGUGCUGGGCAAAUAUCCAAGUCGGAUCUUUUUGAAAGAGUGGUUGAGCUUCUAGAUCGGUCCGCGUACUUGCUGACACUGGUUUAUGAAAAGGAAGCCAAAAUUACAACACCUAAAUGGCUGUGCCCACUAGUUCUUCUGAUUGAUGUCUACGAAAAGUAUGCUGUCGCCUCGCAACGACGAAAGCAACUACUGAGCAAAAACUGUAAAAGGCAGUGGAAGUUUUUCGAUGAUCGCACCUCUCGAUGGACCACGUAUAUUCCAGCUACCAACAAGGCAAUUGACGACGCUUUCCGCACCGGUGAACAGUUUUAUCGGUUCACGGCAAUGCGUCGAAAGUACUGUAUUCAGUUCAACAAUAUGCUGCAAGUAAAUGAAGAGACUGGAAACUGGAGACCCAUAAUGUUCACCAGUGAGGAUACGGAGGAAGAUCAAGGGGACGUUGUUGACUGGGUUCACAUCGAGUCGCUUUCAUCGAUGUUUUCAAAGACUCUGAUUGAAACGAUGGUCAGUUUGAUAAAGCUACCCAUUGACCCAGACACUUUGCACGCCGUCCUCCGUCUGUGUCUCCGUCUCUCUCGCAAUCACGAAAGCUCGUGCCUCUUUGCUGAACUCGGAGGCAUCACGACUCUUCUCAAUCUGCCUAGGGGCUCGCAAUUCGUUGGCAUCGUCUCAAUGACAACUCUGAUCAUUCGCCAUGUGAUUGAGGAUAAGGAAGUUUUGAAGGUGAUGAUGGAGAAAAUUAUUCGCUCACAGGCAAAUUCAUCUUUGAUAAACAACCGCGAAAUGCACUACAUCUUCCGCUACUUCAAUCCUGCUGCUUGCCGAGACAUUGACCUCUUCAAGGAAUCUGCCAAGUCAAUUCUUCGAGUAAACAUUUUCAACAAAAAGCUCGACGAGGAAGAUGAUAGAACUCCUACUUUCCUUAAGGGUAUUUCAGCCAAAACGGGUGAAAACCCUGAUGGUUAUAUUGCCCUUCCAAAACUAACAUGUGAUGUUAUCUACGAGUUACUGAAUCUGCUGCCUAUCAAACACGCCGAAGAGUUUAAUGCACCAGAAGGCGAGAAAGGGGCAAAGAAAGAUGACGAGUGCAAGCUAAAUGAAAACAUUUUUACCACAUCUACCAUUCUCGCUUUACUCGCCGAGUUGAUUCGAUCAUACGGCGUCAUUGCCAAAGUUAUUUGCGAACACAGUUACACCAGAGGCUUCGCUGACGCUGUAUCAGAAGAAUGUAGCGCACUUUCAUUUAUUCUGGACAACCUACUGUAUGUGCCAACUGUAAACCCACCGAACGGCGACAAGGACUUUCCGCCGUACAGCAAAAUUUUGUUUGCCGCACUGGCAACGGUGACUUACUCCAGUGAAGUCCAUCAGGCCAUUGUGACCGAAAUUAAGUCUUCUCUCAGCCGUACAGUGUUGUGUCCAGAAUCGGCUGACAAGCACUUGAAAAUUCAGGCAUUAUCAAGCUUGAUCACGCUGGUAGUAGAGUCCUGCCCUAACUCCACUUUCAAUUCAAUUUACAACCGAAGCACUACUGGUAGCAGCUCUUCUAUCCUCCGAAUCAUGGUCAAAAGAGGCCUUAUAACCGAUCUUGCCAAAGUGAUCCAGUCGCUUGACUUGUCAUCUCCAAACAUGUCGACAACUGUUAACUCUUUGCUGAAGACGCUCGAGUUCAUGUCGAAGAGCCUUAAUGUGCCGAGCAAUGUUUACCCGACUCGACUUCAUCGAACUCGUCCUGAUGCCUCCAACACCACUGCAGGUGCCGAGCAGCAAGUUUCAAAUGAACAAGUCAUGGAGGUGAUGAUCAAUGACGCCAGUGAGGAUGCCGCCGUUGCAAACAAUGACAGUUCAAAUAUCGAUGCAAACUCUAGUGACAUUUCUCAGUCUGUCGCUGCUCUCAACAACAGUAGCAGUGGCGACAUUCCUCCUCAAAACAACGCGAUCGCCGAUGAGAUUGCAAAUGAAAUAUUCGAUCUUGACGCUUAUGACAAUGAAUUCAAUUCUCAUCCGAGAAGCGGAACUUUCAACUCGGACGAUCGGACGGAUGACGAUGACGAUGAAGUGGUCAUGCAGCACAACGUAGUGGAUGGUGAUUUGGUAAACAAUCGCAGUGAACUUCACGAUAAUACUGUCAACUCAAACUGUGCCGAGUCGGAGAGUAGCGAUGAAACGCAAACUGAAGACGAAGAUGACGAUGGUGACGAGGUGGAGGAUGAAGAGGACGAUGCUGCAGGAAGCACCCAGGAUGAACAGGAAGAGGAGGAAGAGGAGGAGGAUGAAGAGGACGAGCAGAUGGAGGAUGAAGACGACGAGGAUGUCGACGACUACCUGCAGGACAUUCUCGAUGAAGGAUUCCGCAAUUACGACUCCAACAUUCUCUUCAAUGUGGAGGAUAUGCUGCCUUCCUUUCUCAUUCGCCACAAUGACCGAUACAACUUUUCACCCUUUGGCAACAACGAGGACACUAGCCUGAACAACGAAAACGCAGGAGCUGUAGUCAUUUCAACGCCUGACGUGUUGGUGCAGCAUCCCCUUCUCUCAAACAAUAUGGAAAUUGCUGCCAACGCGUCGCAGUUUUACUCGAUCAAUCAGCUCAACUCUAGCAACUCCAUAAUGAACUCUCGCCAUUCGCGAAAUGGUCGCUCUCGAACUUAUCGAUCAUCGCUUAUCAACUCAAGCAAUCACAAUUGGCACCUUACCAAUUCCAGUCGCAAUAACACUUCUGUGAUUUUGCAUCGCCUCCUAGGCACAAGCUACCUUCCCACUGAUAUUGUCAAUGGAUUCUCAUCUCGAGGCAAUAACGUUGUAGGCGGACAAAACCUUGACAUUCCUGAAGAAGAGCUUUAUAAUCCUACCAGUGGAAGUGGUUUCCCUUCAGCCUAUUCAACAACGGGUGCUCACCAGAACCCUUCUCUGAGCGCCAUUCCUUCGACCAUGUGUCGCUGGUAUGAAGAGUGUCGCGUGCUGGAUGGUGAAUACAUGUACGAUGCCAUUUUCCUUGUCAAAGGCGAAAUUAUGAAGUGCCUGGAAAAGUACAAAGCUGAGGAUCUCAAGGAAAAGGAUAAGAAAAAGAAUGAUGAUGUUAAGAUUGCCUCCUUGAUCAAAGAAUUCAAAUCCCACCGAGAUGCACCGAGUGAACCAAAUGUUGAUGCAAGCGAGGAAAAUCAGCGAAUUGAAGAUCUUCAUGCACACAUUGAAGAGCUGGCCAACUCAGUCAUCAAUAAUGUGCUUGAAGCGCCCAAUCCCUCUUCACGGUCAUCCAGACGUGCUCAAGCAAGCGCAAACACAAACACAAAUGCUUUUGCCCUUACUGGCCUUGAAACUAGCCUUAACUCAGUGCCACUUGAAUCUACCGAAUCUACUUCCACUCAAAAUGCUGCCGAACCUGAACGGGUUGAUAUGGAUGUGAACGAGGAGGCUGCAGAGGCUAUCACUCCUACUCCAAUGUCCACUGAUGAGCAGAGAUCGGAAAAUGAUGCCAGCUUGGCUACUUCUGCUCAGAUUGAAAGUGUGAACACUCCCGAAAUGAUGGAUCAGUCGACAAAUGAGUCCACAGAGCAGUUGGAAGCUGAUGCGCCGGAACAGUCGACUGUUGUUGUAUCUUCGGAUGAUGCGGCUUCUGCCGCCGCUGCCGCUGCUACUUCUGCUGCUGGCACUGCACAGCAACCACCCCCACCAAGCAGCUCUCAGGUUACUUACAAUCUCACCCCGGAAGAGAGGGCUAUUCUUGGAGACCAGGAAAUUCCCGAUGGCGUCGACCCUUCAUUUCUGGCCGCCCUUCCGGAAAAUAUCCGACAAGAGGUUAUUGCAGAGCAGUUUAGGUUGCAGAGACUUAACAAGCAACUUGCCACUGCAAAUGCAUCAACAAAUUUGGCUCCAGCAACGUUUGCUGAGGUGAAUCCAGAGUUUCUCGCUGCACUUCCACCGAACAUUCAAGAGGAAGUUUUGGCGCAGCAGCGUGCAGAGCAGCAACGACUGGCCGCGCAGAGCGUCAACCCAGAGGCUCCUGUCGACCCAGACAGCUUCUUCCGAUCUUUGCCCCCCUCUUUGCGACGCCAAGUUUUAUCUGAUCUCGAUGAUAGUCAGAUUCGACUGCUGUCAGUUGACAUUGCCAACGAGGCUCGAGCAUUGAGGCAGGAGAAUGAAAUUCGCCAUCGUCAAUUUCAGGAGCGGCUCUUCUCUUCGAGCACUGGAGCUGGCGGUGGAGCACAUUCAAACGGCACCGCCGCGGCAGGUCAUUACAACCGCAACACUUUUUCCGCUUCUAGAUUUCCUCCAAGAAACGCAUCUGUUGGACGCACAAUCAAAGGGAAACAUCUUCUUGACUUUGAUUCGCUUUCUUCUCUGCUCAUUCUGCUGUUCAUUCAUGAUAAUCUUCUCAAUUCACAACGCCUGCAUCGCCUCAUUCGAAAUCUGUGCUUUCAUGCUCCCACUCGUCAGUGGGUGAUUCAAUCUUUACUGGAAAUCAUGGAAAGAACUAAAGAGUCAGUUGAUAAGAGCUAUGAUUCUGUACACUCGAGUGAACUUAUCUCCAAUGAUGACCUUUCUGUCAAUUCUUCUUCAAAAAAUCCAAUUGUGACACCAAACACUUCAACUCCCACAUUAAAAUCUGAAUCUCAAGAAGCUGUCUCCUCUCCAUCUUCUUCGAAAAAUACUCCAAACUUUUUCGAUGUGCUUAUGCGUCAUGAUAGCAUUCACGCAAACAAGAAGAAAUCUCUUAAACACAUUCAGGCAAUUGACGGCACGGAUGGAUCAAAGACAAUUGAACAGUCACCCUUUUCUCAGCUGUUGAGUUUACUCUCCCACCAGUUUAUUAAGAAGAGUUCAAUGCUCACCGAUCGAUUGAUGCGUCUGCUGACACAUGUCACCUACUCAAUGUAUGCCGAAUUUGAAUCACGAAACGCUUCAACUACGGAAACUAAGGAAGGAAAGUUUGCAGAACUCGAAAAGUCUCUGGCCAAUGAAAAACUUCUCAAACUCGUUGUCGACGUGCUGAUCUCUAAGGGCUGUUCAGAAGAAGGUCUAAUCGAUGCCACUUCCCUUUUGAUCAAGUUGGCCACUGUGUUUUCCAGUUGUCGCACUAUUUUCUACAAGCUUCUACUCGACGGAGUUCGCGGCCUCGGUGAUAGUGUGUUUUCCGACAUUAACGCACUUUCAUUUGAGUUGAAAGAACUGCUCGCUAAAAUGAGGAAAGAUACACCAGUGGUGGAUAAUGCCGGAGAUUCGGGUGACAAGGCGAGCUCAAGCAAAGGUCUGAUUCUGGAUCGUUAUUCAAGUCAGUCUAUUGUUGUCAGCGCUGUUGCCACUUCAAAGCACAACAUUUCCGGCAAGGAAGUUCAGCUGCCUUCAAUGUCGGCACUGAUUUCCAAGUCAUCCAGCCAAUUUCUAUUUUUGCGGAUUUUGAAAAUCAUCAUUACCAUUCGAGGAAUUGCAAGCAGUAAGAACAAAGCUUCGACGCCUACUAACCAAAGCAGCGAAACUAAAAUGGAAGUGGACAAGGAGGAGGACAAACUCAGCUCUGAGCUGCAUCUUGAUCACCUCUGGGACAAGCUCAGUGAGUGUCUGUGUCUUCUCUCUGAGGCACCCGACGACCAUGCCGUGCUUGUCCUUCAGCCCGCAGUCGAGUCUUUCUUCUUGGUUCACGCUCCCGAAAAGGCGAACAAAACUGAAACUCGUGCUGAAUCAGUUAGCAACCAACUGGCUCACAUCAGCCAGAGCAUGGCCACGAGUGAAACGUUUCCCAGCGAUGCUACCCAGGUUGACAGCGAGAACAUUCAAAUGGCCAAUCUUCCACCUGAUACGCAAAAGUUUUUAUUUUUCGCUGAAAAGCAUCGAGUUGUUCUCAACCAAAUUCUCCGUCAAUCUUCAGUUCACCUGGCAGCUGGUCCAUUUUCAGUUUUGGUGGAUCACACCCGCAUUCUGGACUUUGAUGUUAAGCGUCGCUACUUCCGCCAGGAACUCGAGCGACUGGAUCAUGGCGUGCGACGUGACGACCUAGCCGUUCAUAUUCGUCGUGAAAAUGUAUUCGAAGACUCUUUCCGCGAGCUGAAUCGAAGAAGUUCAGAAGAGUGGAAGAAUCGUUUCUACGUCGUGUUUGAGGGCGAAGAAGGUCAAGAUGCUGGUGGUUUACUGCGCGAGUGGUACACUAUCAUUUCUCGAGAAAUUUUCAAUCCAAACUAUGCCCUAUUCACAACAUCUCCCGGCGACCGUGUCACCUAUAUGAUCAACCAAUCAUCCUACUGCAAUACUAAUCACCUUAGCUACUUCAAGUUUGUCGGACGUUUAAUCGGAAAGGCAAUUUUUGACAACAAACUACUUGAUUGCUACUUUACUCGCUCCUUCUACAAGCACAUUCUUGGCAAGGUAGUCAAGUACAACGAUCUAGAGGCGCAAGACAAUGCAUUGUACAAAGGCUUAGUCUACCUGCUGGAGCACAAUGUGGCCGACAUGGGCACUGAGAUGCGUUUCGUUUACGAAGUGGAUGAUUUCGGAGUGGUCAAGACCAUUGAGCUAGCUCCAGAUGGACGAAACAUUGUGGUGACAGAGGCGAACAAGCAUGACUAUGUGAAGUACAUGUGUCAGGCUAAGAUGACCAACUCAAUUCGAGCACAGCUCUCUGCCUUCCUCGAAGGCUUCUACGCUCUGGUUCCCAAAAAGCUGAUUAGCAUCUUCAAUGAACAUGAGCUUGAGCUGCUCAUCUCCGGUUUGCCCAACAUUGACAUUGACGAUCUAAAGAACAACAGCGAGUAUCACAAGUACUCUACGAACUCUCUUCAGGUGCAAUGGUUUUGGCGAGCACUGCGAAGCUUUGACCAGGCAGAUCGGGCCAAAUUUUUGCAAUUUGUUACAGGAACUUCUAAAGUACCUCUUCAAGGGUUUUCUGCGUUGGAAGGUAUGAACGGUCCACAGAAAUUCCAGAUUCAUCUCGAUGAUCGUUCCACCGACCGUUUGCCAUCUGCUCACACAUGUUUCAAUCAACUUGAUUUACCCGCCUACGAAACGUACGACAAGCUGCGUCUGAUGCUACUGAAGGCUAUUCAUGAGUGCUCCGAAGGGUUCGGCUUUGCUUAG